UGGUCGGCGGGACAUACGUGUUUGCGCCGUUUGCCGAACUGAGCAGUCUUUGCAUGUUCAUGUGUAUUGAUCUCGUGUGUUGAUUUGCUUAAAUGAUCAGCGUUUAUAUCUCGAGAUCAGUCAGCGGUGAUCUAUAACUAUGAGGCGGACUAAAGCAGAUGUGGAGCACUAUAUUUCAUCCGUUCAGAAUGCUUCUCCGUCUCAGAAAGAGAAGCCGGUUAAAGGGUUUCUGUUUGCAAAAUUAUACUUUGAAGCUAAGGAGUAUGAACUUGCCAAAAGACACAUUUCCGAGUAUUUAACAGUACAGCCAAAGGACCCCAAAGCACACAAGUUUCUUGGGCAACUAUAUGAGCGUGAUGGUGAACUAGACAAAGCUGUGGGAUGUUACAAGCGUUCAGUAGAUCUGAAUCCAUCCCAGCGAGACCUGGUUCUGAAAGUGGCCGAGCUGCUCUGUAGUAAGCCAGAACGUGACAGCCGAGCCGAGUUCUGGGUGCAAAAGGCUGCCAAUCUUCUACCGGGACAUCCCGCUGUUUUUGAUCUUAGGGAGAAACUUCUGAGUGCUCAGGGCCAGAACGGCUUUGGUCAGCUGUACGAGCUGCUUUUAUCUGAACUGAGGCUGCGUCCUCAUGACGCUUAUGUUAACAGCAGAUUAAUCCAGCUUUACGACUCGGACGGUCGCUAUGAGGAGGCAGUCAAACACUGUCUCGCUGUGGAGAAAGCUGGCGGUCUCAGAGAUAAUCUGGACUGGUACAAGGUUGUUGUCAGAACACUUCAGGAAUAUCUUCGGCAACCGAGUGUGUCAAAUAACAAGCAGGCAUCCCGUAAGUUUCAGAAAGAGCUUUUGCUGGCACGCUGCAAUCUGUUGAGACUCACGCUGGGAGUGAAGAACAGUCAGGAGAGCGCUGAUGCUCUCUGCAUUUUUGAUCGUGAAAUGCAGUCUUUGAAGAAUACGGCCACAAACACUGUGGAUGAGCUGUCAGAGGUGUUCACAGAGAUGAGAGCUCACUUGUACCUGUACGCUGGGACCCUGCUGAUGAAGAUGUUUCAUGAAAAACUGCUGCAGUGGAGGGGCGUGCGUGAUCUAGCAGCGUUGUGUUAUCUGAUUGCCUGUCAGGCUCCAAGACCCAAACCGAAGGUUUUUAAAGGUGACCAUGUGACCCAUCAUCUUCUGGAGUUGUUAGCCUCUGAUCGUCAAAGCCAGGCAGGUCACAUGCUGUUGAAUUUGAGCCAGGACACUGCACAGCUUGUGAAUGAAGUGGUAGAAGCGUUCAGGAAUAAGAUCGGGCAGAACGAUCUGCUCAAGAAGCUCUUCGGUUCACUGGCACAGGAACACCUGUCUUUCAUCAGCAACGAUGAUAUUCACAACAUCAGCGCACAGGUGCCGGACAUCACAGAUCUUGAGAAGUGGGACAAUGCUUCAGUGUUGUUGCACGACGGGGCUCUUCAGCACCUCACAUGGCUGGGCCUGCAGUGGGCUCUGAUGGGUCACAGGGUAUCUCUGCAGGACUGGAUCAAACCACUCUUUCCACGUCUUACACUUGAGACUUCCAAACUGGACACCAACAACCCUGAAUCUCUUUGUCUGCUGGACCUGGAGGUGUUUUUGUGCGGUGUUGUGUUUACAAGUCACACUCAAAUGCAAGAGACUGCAAAGAUCAAUGCAAGUUCUCAAUCACAUGAGCCCAGAUGUUUGCCAAUGCACAUCAUGAAGCUGCUGUCAUCAGAGAAACAGAGACAAUGGUGGGACGCCGUCUACAGUCUGAUUCACAAUAAAACACAGCCAGGUAUGUCAGCUAAACUACGACUGGUUGUCCAGCAUGGUCUGAGCACGCUGCGUGCUGGAGAGAAACACGGUCUUCAACCAGCGCUGCUCAUACACUGGGCCCAGCAUCUAACACACAUGGGUGAAAGCACGAACUCUUACUAUGAUCGGAAAGACUAUGCUGGCCGUUGUGUGCACUACUGGAAAGUUGUGCUUCCGCUGCUUGAGAAAAUCAAAAAGAGACGGAGCAUCCCGGAGCCUCUGGAGCCCAUGUUCCCACACUUCCAAAGUAAAGACAUACAAGUCUCUGAUGUCGGUUUAUAUGAGGAAGAAGCAGCCAUCAGUUCUGCCACACUACUUGACAUCGAGGACAACACGGAUCAGGCCAUCUUACAGCUUGAGAAGCUUAACAGCAUCUUAUCUAACUGGCAUCUGGCUAAGAUAUAUCAGAGGCUCUCAGAUGAGGCUGGAAACGGUGUGGAGGAAACUCAGGAUAGGUGCAUCAACUUUCUGCGGCAGUUCAGGAAAUACUUGAGGAAGAUCUGUCAGGCCAGUGCAGAGGACAUGGAGAAGUUACCCGUGUCUAUGGAGGAGGUGAUGGAUUUGUUGAAUGAAGUCAACCAGGAGCUCGGGGAUGAUGAAGAGACAGAUGAAGAUAAUUAUAAUCAUCCACUGACAUCUAGCCCCAGUCAGCUCCCAGAAGCACAUGUGAAGUUCUCCACACCGUCCCCAACCAAAAGCACCAUGUCACCUUCCAAAAGACCAGUGUUUUCACCCAAAACUCCACCUCUAUGGGUUGAAGAUCAGAAGUCUGUCCUACAGAUGUUGUGUCAGCAGGUCGAAGCCUUGAAGAAUGAAGUUCAUGACUUGCGUCAAAAUUCGCCUGAUGCUUCAGGGACCCCGUAUAGGAUGUAUGGAGAUAGUUAUGCUGCAGAGGGACUUCAGGAAGCUUUUACAGGAGCACAGACGUUCCAUGGUGUUCCCCUUACAGUUGCCACUACAGGUCCCUCGGUAUACUACAGUCAGACUCCGGCAUAUAACUCGCAGUACCUUCUCCGUCCUGCUACAAAUGUUACACCAACAAAGGGUCCUGUAUAUGGGAUAAAUCGGAUUCCUCCACAGCAACAUGUGUAUACCUACCAACAAUCAACACACACACCACCUCUUCAGUCGACACCUGCAUGCAUAUAUCCUCAAGAGCAGGUGUUUGGUGCUCCUAUUCGAUUUGAGUCCCCAGCUACGUCCUUACUCUCACCAUACAGCGAAGAAUAUUAUGGCCACAAUGUUCCUCAGCCUACAGCCAAUCCAUCGUUGCCUGAGCCUGGAUAUUUCACCAAGCCAUCUGUUGUUUCAACUGCCCAGCCAGCAAGAAGUGCUGAAACAAAACCACUAGACCCCAAGAUGAGCUUUGGGCAGCAGUUCUCAGGUGACCCUACAAGAAUUCCACACUUUGGUGGUGUAGCUGCUGCCCCAUCGACCUCAGCAACCACUGCAUUCAAGUUCAACUCUAACUUCAAGUCUAAUGAUGGUGAUUUUACAUUUUCAUCUACCCAAAUGAAAAACAGUGAAAGUCUGCUGGGACUUCUGACAUCAGAUAUCCCCCCCAGAACUGAAGGACUGUCUGAACCAAAACUUCAGACCCAAGACCAGCCACCAAGCCAGAGUGAUGUUUUUACUUUUGGGAGUAAAAAUGCCACAGGAUUUUCAUUUACUGAUUAUGCUCCGACCAAACCCAUUAUUUUCGGCCAAACUGAUGACACGUGCAAGUUGACAAGUGUAAUUAAGCCAAUAUUUGGAAACGCAGAGACACGGGAAGAAAAAGAAAAUGUAGAAAGUGACAACGAGAGUAGCCAUGUGGAAGAGGAUGAGGAUGGACCUCAUUUUGAACCAAUUGUACCUCUACCUGAUAAGGUUGCUGUGAAAACUGGUGAGGAGGAGGAAGAGGAGAUGUUCUGUAAUAGAGCAAAACUCUUUCGAUUUGACUCCGAUACCAAAGAAUGGAAAGAGAGGGGCCUUGGCUGCAUAAAAAUUCUGAAACACAAAACAUCUGGGAAGGUUCGUCUGUUGAUGAGGAGGGAGCAAGUUCUCAAAAUCUGUGCUAAUCACUAUAUCACAACAGAUAUGGUCUUAAAACCAAAUGCUGGAUCCGACAAGUCCUGGGUGUGGUAUGCCAUUGACUAUGCAGAUGAAUCGCCAAAGACUGAGCAGUUGGCCAUACGCUUCAAAACUGCAGAUGAGGCAACAAUGUUUAAAUUAAAAUUUGAAGAGGCUCAGAGAUUUUUAUUAAAGUCCUCACAAAAGCAAAGCCAUCAACUUGUACCACAGGUGCCAAACAAAGACAUGGAUAUUAAAACCCGGUUUUCCAAAAAAGAUGGUGAAUGGGACUGCAGUGUAUGUUGUGUAAGAAAUGCACCCACAUCUGCAUCAUGUGUUGCCUGUAACAGUGCAAGUCCCUCUAUUCCAAAGGAUAAACCUCAAAAAGACAUGGAUAUUAAAACCCGGUUUUCCAAAAAAGAGGGUGAAUGGGACUGCAGCGUAUGUUGUGUAAGAAAUGCACCCACAUCUGCAACAUGUGUUGCUUGCAACAGUGCAGGUCCCUCUAUUCCAAAGGAUAAACCUCAAAAAGACAUGGAUAUUAAAACCCGGUUUUCCAAAAAAGAGGGCGAAUGGGACUGCAGCGUUUGUUGUGUAAGAAAUGCACCCACAUCUGCAUCAUGUGUUGCCUGCAGCAGUGCAGGUCCCUCCAUGCUAAAGGAUAAACCUCAGGAGGUUGUAAAAGACUCUGCCCCUGUUGCUCCUUCUGAUAAAGUCUCUACUCAAUCAUUCUCUGGUGGUUUUGGAUUUGGCUCUAAGUUUGAGCCUUCUGCCACUCAGGUCGAAAAGUUGUCAAGCAGUUCGGCCUUUUCAUUUUCAUUCCCAACACCUGCUGGCGGUUUCAAGUUUGGCACUGGGGAAUCGGAGGCAAAACUGUUAGAUGGACUGCCACAAAAUAUAGCUGCAUCUAAACAUCUCAAAAAUAUUGCCGAACAGCACAAAGAGAAAGAGAGAGCCCCAGUUUCAGAUCAGUUUGGUUUGAGUAAGGAUAAAACCGCAUCAGAAAGCUUCAAGUUUGACCCUUCUGCAACUCAGGUGGAAAAGUUGUCAAACAGUUCGGCCUUUUCAUUUUCAUUCCCAACAUCUGCCGGCGGUUUUAAGUUUGGCACUGGGGAAUCAGAGGCAAAACUGUCUGAUGGACCGUCACACAAUGAAUCUGCAUCUGAACAUCUCAGAAAUAUUGCCGAACAGCACAAAGAGAAAGAGAGAGCCCCAAUUUCAGAUCAAUUUGGUUUCAGUAAGGGUAAAACAGCAUCAGAAAGCUUCAAGUUUAAGCCUUCUGCAACUCAGGUGGAAAAGUUGUCAAGCAGUUCGGCCUUUUCAUUUUCACUGCCAGCGCCUGCUGGCGGUUUCAAGUUUGGCACUGGGGAAUCGGAGGCAAAACUGUCUGAUGGACCGUCACAAAAUGAAUCUGCAUCUGAACAUCUCAGAAAUAUUGCCGAACAGCACAAAGAGAAAGAGAGAGCCCCAAUUUCAGAUCAAUUUGGUUUCAGUAAGGGUAAAACAGAAUCAGAAAGCUUCAAGUUUAAGCCUUCUGCAACUCAGGUGGAAAAGUUGUCAAGCAGUUCGGCCUUUUCAUUUUCACUGCCAGCGCCUGCUUGCGGUUUCAAGUUUGGCACUGGGGAAUCGGAGGCAAAACUGUCCGCUUGCAACAGUGCAGGUCCCUCUAUUCCAAAGGAUAAACCUCAAAAAGACAUGGAUAUUAAAACCCGGUUUUCCAAAAAAGAGGGCGAAUGGGACUGCAGUGUAUGUUGUGUAAGAAAUGCACCCACAUCUGCAUCAUGUGUUGCUUGCAACAGUGCAGGUCCCUCUAUUCCAAAGGAUAAACCUCAAAAAGACAUGGAUAUUAAAACCCGGUUUUCCAAAAAAGAGGGCGAAUGGGACUGCAGCGUUUGUUGUGUAAGAAAUGCACCCACAUCUGCAUCAUGUGUUGCCUGCAGCAGUGCUGGUCCCUCCAUGCUAAAGGAUAAACCUCAGGAGGUUGUAAAAGACUCUGCCCCUGUUGCUCCUUCUGAUAAAGUCUCUACUCAAUCAUUCUCUAGUGGUUUUGGAUUUGGCUCUAAAUUUGCCAAGAAAGAUGGUCAGUGGGACUGUGAGGCUUGCUUAGUGAGAAAUGAUGUCACUGCAACGAAAUGCGUUUCUUGCAAUACCCCCUGUGCCACUGCCACUGGUGGACAAUGGGAUUGUGACAAUUGCCUGGUGAGAAACGAAGGUACGUCCAGCCAUUGUGUAUCAUGUCAGACAGCAAAACCAGGUAUUAAAAUACGGUACAAAGGGAAUAAGGGGGGCCCAGUUGCAGAUCAGUCUGCUGACAGUGGCAGUUAUGGUGACAAUCCUUUAAUUACAGGCACUAACUCUUUCAGUUUUGCAGACUUGGCAAAGUCCUCACAGGGUAGUUUUCAAUUUGGCCUGAAGGACCCCGAUUUCAAAGGCUUCUCAGGGGCUGGAGAGCAGCUCUUUACCAAGCAAAGAGCCGACACCUCAGCUGAUCAAGAUGAUGAGGAAAUGUACAAAACAGAGGAGAACGAUGAUAUUCAGUUUGAUCCAGUUGUUCAGAUGCCCGACAAGGUUGAAAUUGUUACCGGCGAGGAAGAUGAGAAAGUCCUGUAUUCACAACGUGUCAAGCUCUUUAGAUUUGAUACAGAAACUAGUCAGUGGAAAGAAAGAGGGGUUGGCAACCUUAAAUUGCUAAAAAAUAAUCAAAAUGGAAGACUUCGAGUUCUUAUGAGGAGAGAGCAAGUCUUGAAGGUAUGUGCUAACCACUGGAUCACAACCACAAUGAACUUGAAGCCCCUCUCUGGGUCAGAUCGGGCCUGGAUGUGGCUAGCAAGUGACUUCUCAGAUGGCGAUGCCAAAUUAGAACAACUUGCUGCAAAAUUCAAAACCCCAGAGCUUGCAGAAGAAUUCAAGGAGAAGUUUGAGGAGUGUCAACAGCUCCUUUUGGAUAUUCCUCUGCAGACCCCUCAUAAGCUUGUGACCUCGGGCAGAACAGCCCAUCUUAUACAGAAAGCUGAAGAGAUGAAAACUGGUCUUAAAGACCUCAAAACCUUCUUGACUUACCAGGGCAAGGAUGAUGAAAGAAAUGCUACUAGUAGCGAGGCCUCUGAAAUUGUGGCGAAACCCGACUCCGAAAGCACUGGACCCACUUUGGAGUGGGAUAACUAUGAUUUGAGGGAGGAAACCCAUGAUGAAAGUGUGAACACCUCUCUGUGUUCUACUUCUCUGCGACCCAAUCCGGUUCCAAAAAAUUUAUUCCGUUUUGGUGAAUCGUCCGGAGGCUUUAGUUUCAGUUUCCAGCCUGUUCUUAGUCCCUCCAAGUCUCCAUCUAAGCUGAACCAGAGCCUGGGGUCUGUUGGCACAGAUGAUGAACAAGAGGCUUCUCAGGAGGAAGAGCGAGACGUGCAAUACUUCGAGCCUGUCGUGCCAUUGCCAGAUCUUAUCAAUGUCUCAACAGGGGAGGAGAAUGAGGAAGUGGUUUUUAGCCACAGAGCAAAGUUAUAUCGCUACGAUAAAGAACUUGGUCAGUGGAAGGAAAGAGGUAUAGGAGACCUUAAAAUACUACAACAUUACGAAACCAAGCGCGUAAGGCUCGUCAUGAGACGGGACCAGGUUCUCAAACUAUGUGCAAACCACUGGAUAAGUUCAGAUUUGAAACUUGAACCCAUGAAAGGAUGCGAUAAAGCAUGGAUCUGGAGUGCAUUUGAUUUUGCUGAAGGUGAGGGUAAGGUUGAACAGUUAGCAGUGCGCUUCAAACUGCAGGAGACUGCCACUGCUUUCAAGGAAAUCUUGGAAGAAGCAAAGGAUGCCCAAGAGAAACAAAGCCUUCUUGCACCAUUUUCUUCUAGAGUACCUCCCACCACCAAAGAGACGCUCUGUGGUAUGACUGCAGUCGCUGUACUGGAGGAAACCACUAAAGAACGUACUGUACUGUCUGAAGAAAGCAGUCUGAAACACCUGGACAGGUCACCUGGUGCAGAGCACAGUACUCAAAGCAUUAAGGCUGUGGUCUCUCCGCCAAAGUUUGUCUUUGGAUCAGAUUCUGUUCAGAAGAUCUUUGGGAGCCCUUCAUCAUCUAACGAAAAGUCUCCAGUUGUACAUCACUCAGAAGAUGAGCAAGUAACAAGUGCCUCAAGACUAAAGCCCAUUGAACAGGCUGUAACCGAUCAACCAUCUGUUGUAACUCCAUUCAACGUACCAGCAAGAGGUUUGGAUUUUAGGCUUUUCAAACAUAAUCCAAUGGCAUUUUGGACCUGCACAUCAGCCACCCAGUUUGAUGCUCAAGUUUCUCCUCAGACCCCUCAGGACGUCUGCGAUGAUGUCCAGAUCAUAUUUGAGCUAAAGCCCACAAAAGAACAGGCUGAACUGGCUGCCAGACUCAUGCUUCCUACAACCUUUUUCUGUUACAAAAAUCAGCCAGGAUAUGUCAGCGAUGAAGAUGGUGAUGAUGAUGAAACUUUUGAAAGCGCCGUAAGGAGUCUGAGAGGAAAACUGUAUCCUGCUAGAGCCGAAGGAACUUCUGAUCAAGACUCUGACUGCACCCUUGUGUGGGAGAAAAAAGCGACUCCAGAGGAGGAGGAGAGAGCACGACAGCUUCUGCUGCCACCGGCCUUCCUGUGUGGAGUCGGCAGCGACUCAGAACCGGAGGCCGACAAGCAUGAAGACUUUAUCACUGAGAUCCAGAAACUGCAGCAGCUUCAGGUCAAGCAAAACCCUUCCCAUGAUGCUGCGGUUCUUCGUAUUGAUGAUGUCAGAACCGAUCGCAGUGAACCAAAGCAGACAGUCACAUCGACCUCUGAUGCCAGCUGCCCCAUCGACCUCUCCAGCAAAAGGAGCAGUGAGCAAGACUCCGGCACGGGAUCGCCGGCUCCCUUCAGCUUUGCAUCUGUCGGCGGAUUUUCAUUUGCAGACUUGGCAAAAGGUUCAGGGGAUUUUGCUUUUGGUAAAAAAGAUGAACAAUUUUCCUGGGCGAAUGCGGGAGCUGCAGUAUUUGGGGGAGCUCCAGAGCGAGAUACAGCACACAAUGAAGAGCACAGCGAUGAAGAAGAGCCUAAAAGUGAUGAGAUCCACUUUGAGCCGAUUGUUUCUUUGCCAGAGGUGGAGGUGAAGUCUGGUGAAGAGGAUGAGGAGAUCCUGUUUAAAGGAAGGACCAAACUUUUCCGCUGGGAUCGCGAUCUGAGCCAGUGGAAGGAGCGUGGAGUGGGAGACCUCAAAAUCCUCUUCCAUCCAGUAAAAAAGUGCUACCGUCUACUUAUGAGACGAGAUCAGGUCUUUAAAGUGUGUGCCAACCACACCAUUACCACGAACAUCGAGCUGAAGCCCAUGAACACCUCGGCCAAUGCGCUGGUGUGGACGGCCACAGACUUCACAGAGGGAGAUGCUAAAGUUGAGCAGCUCGCAGCCAAGUUCAAGACUCCAGAACUGGCCGAGACCUUCAGACGGACGUUUACGGACUGCCAGAGUCGCAUGUCGCAGGCGGACUCCUCUCAGAUGUCCGUAGCCGCGCGACAUUCGAGAGACGACAACCCUGUGGUUUUCUUCAGCAUCGCUGUAGACGACGAGCCGGUCGGACGGAUCACGAUGGAGCUUUUCUCUCACAUUGUUCCUAAAACGGCAGAGAACUUCCGAGCUCUGUGCACUGGGGAAAAGGGCUUCGGUUACCGUGACUCAGUUUUCCACCGGAUCGUUCCUGACUUCAUGUGUCAGGGCGGUGACAUCACCAACCAGGAUGGAUCGGGAGGAAAAUCAAUCUACGGAAAUAAGUUUGAAGAUGAAAACUUUGACGUGAGGCAUACAGGUCCAGGUCUGCUGUCUAUGGCCAAUCGUGGAAGAGAUACCAACAGCUCUCAGUUCUUUAUUACCCUGAAAAAAGCAGAGCACUUAGACUUUAAGCAUGUCGCGUUUGGCUUUGUCAAAGAUGGCAUGGAUGUGGUUAAACGGAUGGGAGAACUUGGCACAAAGGAAGGCAAACCCAGUAAAAAGAUCACUAUUACAGAGUGUGGACAAUUGUAAGCUUUUUUACAUUCAUGUUUGGCAUAUUGAGAUAAAAAAAGAUUUUUUUCAUUUCUAAACUGUUGUUUAAGAGUGAGUGGAUUUGUAUAUGUAGUGUUUUUAUGUACAACCUUGUUUCAUUGUUCAUGUACCAAUAAGGUUGGGGCACUAGGACCCAGUGGAGUUCAGCAAUACAGUUUUGUUCAAAAAAGUACUGAAUUGUAAUACCUGCUGUUAACUUGCCGUGUUAAUGUUAGGCUCCCCAAAACUUGAUGCUUUUUUUAAAUCAAGUUUUUUUUUUUUUGCUCUACAUGGACCCUGUGUGUAGUCCUCAUUUUCUUUGUUUCCCCGAUGGUUCCUCUGAAGCUACUUUAUUUUUUGCACUUGCAUCAAAUAAACAUUUGGCAUUUUGCAUUUCACAA